UAUUUAUUUCUUCCUGCAGUUACAAGAAGCAGGGCUGAGAGAAUUAGAAGAGGAAACAGGUCUCCGAAUCAAACCAGAAGAUUGCAUCUCAAUCAAAGUUCUUGCCUUGUGGGAGUCUGUAUACCCUGCUAUGCUGUCACAAGGCUUGCCGAAGCGCCACCACAUGGUGAUAUACCAAAUUGCUAUCGUGGACGAAGAUCAUCUAAAGUUGCAAGAAAGGUUAGCAUUGGAUCCGAACGAAACAGACGCAGCUGCUUGGCUGUCCGAGGACUGUCUAAGUGAGAUUGCUAUGUCAGCUGACAAUAAUAAACCAAUGCGGGAGUUACCUUGUCAUCUACCUCAAACAUUCCAGUCAGUUGUUUUAAGAGCAGACACAAACCAGCCAAUUAUUCAGGCCAUGCAGACAUCAAUGCUUUUUGCAACAGCACCCCCAACAGGUCCAGAUGUAGAACGGAUCAGUACGGGAACAAAAUUUGCAAUUCAGCAGUGGUGUAAAGUGAAUGGCAACUCAUUCAAUUGAUUUUAUUUAUAGUUUAUUCUUAUUUAUUUAUUUUGAUCUUCUUAAUUCAUGAAAAUACUUUGAUAAUUUAUGAAUUUAUGAUAAUACUGCCCCCCCCCCCCUCGAAGAACCACAUUUGGCAUGAAUGCCUCCCUCAAGGUAUUUUUUUUUCUCAAGUAAGC